AGUUGAUCGCUGUUCUUGGAAUAAAGUACACAGUCUUUCCGUUGUGUGAUUUCUAUAUAAAAUUCUUGUGCAUUUCCUUUAUUAAUUUACUAAAAGUGCUUAAAGUCCGCGAUUAGAGUAUUCUUUCCGAGGUGCUAUCAAAUCGAUUCGCCCCUCAAGCUCAGUGCGGCUGCGCCGGAAAGGCAGUGGAUGGGUCGGAGAGCUUCAUUAAGAACAUUCAUUCAUUGAAGACUUCACGCGACUUCAACACUCUUACAUCCCACCCACGCACUCCAUCCCCGAGCCCAUCCGAGCACGUCCUAGGACAGCAAACGUCCCACGUCAGUGUCCACCGAUUGCGUGUGACGAACGGUUGGCCAGAGUCAUCGCAACCAAAAGCCACUUCCUCAGGAACUCUGAGCCAGGAGAGCUGUUGAAGCCAAGUGUGUGUGCGAGAGUCGCCCAUGGAGGGCAGAUAUUGAUUUUUCCGUCAGUCGCGGUAGUUCGCAACAUAAUGGCGGGCAUGAAAAUUCGUGUGGAAAAAUGUGGUGGAAAUUAGUGUGUGAAGUGAUUUUUCUGGUGCUGGGACUUGGAUACGUGUCUGGUGCAAUCAACCAGCACGAUUUCUUUCCAGGUCUUCGAAGAGCACCAAGCACCAAAAUAACUUCAAACUCAUAUGAUGAGAACUACCUUGCGCAGAUACUAAAUUUUAUUGAGGAGCAAGCAAGACGUAGAUUCCAGCAGAAGGUGGUUGAAUACCAGCUGGAUCCUUCAAUCAACCAUCAGGUUCCUCAGGUGCCUCAAGAAGCACCUGAGCCGGGCUUCACAUAUCAAUUCCCAGAAAUGAAGGAUCAUGAGUUCAAUGAGCCCUACCAGUUCGCAGUUGGACCCAAUGACCCCAGAUUCUACGACCUAGACUCCGAACUACCGGUGCGAUUGAAUGAGGAUGUGUCCCUGGAGGAGCACAGAGAGGACUUUCCUUACUAUCGCAUCAAGGGUCCCAUCAAUGUAAAUCCCAAACUCAAGCAGAUCGAUCCAGAUGCCAGCAAUGACGAUGUAUCCCGAGAGAUGCAGGGUCUGCUGCAAAAACUAAGCCAUGGGAUGCCCAAUGGGGGCAGUGUCCUGGACCCCAAUCUCCUGGUAAGGCACGAUGUCAUCCAGAAGCCUAUGGACAUUGAAGCGCCCGUUGGAAUGUACGUAGUCGCCCUCGUAGCAGGGGUUAGUGCAGCUAUUACCGUUGGCCUUCUUGCAGUAGCCAUCGGAUGGUACACUUUCUACAAGAAGGCCAAAGCUGCUGCUGAUGUAGAGUAUCCUGCCUAUGGAGUCACUGGCCCCAACAAGGAAGUUUCUCCAUCCGGAGACCGCCGCCUGGCACAAAGUGCUCAAAUGUAUCACUAUCAGCAUCAGAAGCAGCAAAUAAUAGCCAUGGAGAACAGCCUAAACGGUGAGAGGAAUGGGUCACUGUCGGAUGUCAACAGUGACGAUGAGAAUGAAGAAGGAGACUACACAGUCUACGAAUGUCCUGGACUAGCUCCUACUGGCGAGAUGGAGGUGAAGAAUCCGCUCUUCUUUGAUGAUCCAACACCAGCAACUCCGGCCAAUGUAACAGUUGUGCAGCAGAGUAAGCCCGAUUCAACUUCCAAGUCACCUAAAACAAAGGAAUAAUUUUAUAUAAUAAAUGGCCAGGAGUUUUUUGAAGGAGAUGGGCAACUUUAACAUUUUACCAUUUAGAAGGAAAUUGAGAAAGAAUUUUCCGUUUAAGCAUCUACGUAGAUUCCUUUUGACGCCAUGUCUUCAGACUCUCUGUAAGACUGAUAAAUCUCAAUUCAUUGGUCUCUAAAACGAGUCAAUUUGUAAGACCUAAAAAUAUCAAAAUUUUUCUCAAUUAGAUUUUUUCCCGAAAACAAAGGAUUAUAAAUCUUUCAUUUUAACAGUGAGAAAUGAGAUUCUAAGAAAGCCAGUCUGUAGAAGAGAUUUAAAAAAAAAAGAAACCUUUUACCACAUAAAUGUAAAACCCUAAAGUGAAACAAUUUAUAAAUAAACUUAAAGGACAUAAUUAAUCCUCCCAAAACAAAAAAAAACCAAAAAUGUAAAUGUUGUGGAAUGUGAAGAAUAUAUUGACUGUUAAUUGUUGGAUGGACUAAUAACAAUAUUAAAUGUAUAUAUCUGGAUAUGGAUUAUUCCAAAGAUAAUAAAACAUUGGAGUGUUUUAAUCAAUAAAAAAAUGCAGCUGAGAAAUAAUAAAAUAAAUAAAAUAGAAACUUUUGAAAAGCCCAUUUCACUCCAACCACAAGUUCAGAGACAUUUUUCCUUAAUUUCCCAGCACAAAUUUGUCACCAGAGAAGGAUUGAUAAACACUAAAAUAAUCGAUGUAACAUCUUAUGAUCCCAACAAGAGAAAACUAUAUAUAUGGAUGAAAUAAACCACUCUUUGAAGUACUUAACAAUUUAUUGUCAAAUUAAGUGAAAGCUAUUAAACUAACAUUAUAUAGAAGAAAGUAAACUUAUAUAUAAUCUCAUGUCUCUAAGGAAAGCCAAGAUUGAACAAGAAGGAAUUGGAAAAGUGAAGAGAGGAGCUUGAAAUAGAAAUUUUGGAUUGAGAAGAUUUGUGGCAGGAGAAGAAAAGCCAGAUUGGAUUAAGUGAAGCGGACAAAAUUUAAAUUGGACAGGGAUGUGGACUUAUGCCAGAUAGAAAUUGAUAAAUUUAUAAAAAAAAAAUGAAAAUGAAGCGUAUAUUUAGAAAGAGAAGAAAAUAAACUGAAAUAAACAGCAUUAUAUUCCACAAGA